GCGCUAAUGAAAGAUUUACAGCGCUCACUCUCUUUUUAUCGCCAAAGCAUCAUCUCUACCAUUACACCGAUCUGUUUCUUUGUUUUUGGUCCGAGCACAAGAUUCGGAGCUCAGAGGUACGAGACAUGUUAGACCAUAAUCGAAUAUGAAAUCAUGGAGACGAUGGUAUACUCGCGCAAGAAAAGAACAAGUGCACGGAGGAGAGGGGAGAAAGCAUCCGGUGCUUGGAAUUCUCCAGAAGAGGGCUAUCGACUGACCUCCCAUCCGCACUACUUUUUAUUGGAUCUUUUACCUUCCGUUCGAUCGUGAGUCAACGUGUCGAACCCGAACGGCUCCACUUGCCGUAAUGAUGACGGAGACCACUAUGAAGAGCCUCCUCGUCCUCCUCCUCCUCCCCUUCCUUCCCUUUCGCCGUUCCUCGCGUUCCAUGUUGUCGCACCUGCGUCCGCGGUAACUUCUGGCAGACUCGGCUCUCGGCUUUCCCACUCUAAAAGCUUCCCCGUCCCUUUCCCCUAAAGUUAACCAAAUCCAACCCCUCAAGAAAUUGGAUUUAUUAUAUGCGAGAUAUGAUGUGAAACCCUAGCGACCGCGUCGGUGUUCGAUCUCUUUCCGGAAGCAAAGGGAUCGGAUCCGGAGCGCGGGAUGAUCGUCUGCUGCCGGUCGUCGACGGCCGUGUCCCACCUUCCCCGACGCCGGCUUCAAUAAUAACCACCAACUGCAGCAGAACGGCGGCGGCCACCGCGAGAGGAUGACGAUUCUAGGAAGCGAGUUCAAGUCUGUCGGCAGGAUCGAAGAGAGGUAUGUGCUCGCCCGCGAGCUCGGCCGUGGGGAUUUCGGCGUCACCUACCUUUGUAUCGAUCGGAACACCAGGGAGCUCUUCGCGUGCAAGUCGAUCUCCAAGCGGAAGCUGCGGACGGCGGUGGACGUGGAGGACGUGCGGCGGGAGGUGGCCAUAAUGCGGCACGUGCCGACGAGCCCCAGCAUCGUGAGCCUCAGGGAGGCAUGCGAGGACGACCGCGCCGUGCAUUUGGUGAUGGAGCUCUGUGAGGGCGGGGAGCUCUUCGAUCGCAUUGUGGCCAAGGGGCACUACUCGGAGCGUGCCGCUGCUGCUAUCAUGAGGACGAUCGUUGAGGUUGUGCAGCUGUGCCACCGACACGGGGUCAUCCAUCGCGACCUCAAGCCGGAGAACUUUUUGUUCGUGGACAAGAAGGAUAACUCACCGUUGAAGGCGAUUGACUUCGGGUUGUCUAUAUUCUUCGAGCCUGGUGAAAAGUUUUCUGAGAUAGUUGGAAGCCCAUAUUACAUGGCUCCUGAAGUUCUAAAGCGGAGUUAUGGACCAGAAAUUGAUAUAUGGAGUGCUGGAGUUAUUCUCUACAUCCUCCUAUGUGGAGUUCCUCCAUUUUGGGCUGAAACCGAACAAGGUGUUGCACAAGCCAUUCUUCGGGGAGUGAUAGAUUUUGAAUGUCAACCAUGGCCUAGUGUUUCAGAAAGUGCUAAGAAUUUGGUUCAACAGAUGUUGGAACCUGACCCCAAGUUACGAUUAACUGCAAAGCAAGUUCUUGAACAUCCUUGGAUUCAAAACACUAAGAAAGCUCCAAAUGUACCUCUUGGUAAUGUUGUCAAGUCAAGGCUCAAACAGUUUUCAAGGAUGAAUGGAUUUAAAAGAAGAGCUUUGAUGGUUAUUGCUGAUCACUUGUCCAUCGAAGAAGCUGAGGAUAUUAAAGAGAUGUUUAGGAUGAUGGACACUGAUAAUGAUGGCAUCAUUUCCCAUGAUGAGCUUAAAGCUGGGCUUCCUAAGUUUGAUUCGCACCUUGUGGAGUCUGAAAUGCAGAUGCUUAUUGAAGCUAUCGAUUCCAAGGGAAAAGGAACCCUAGAUUAUGGAGAUUUUGUAGCUGUUUCUCUUCAUUUUCAAAGAAUGACAAACGAUGAGCAUCUCCGAAGGGCCUUCUCCUAUUUUGACAAAGAUGGGAACGGAUUUAUUGAAUCAGAGGAACUUCGUGAGGCACUAGAGGAAGAUGGAGCCCCUGAUAGCACGGGAUUGGCCAAUGAUAUCUUAUACGAGGUUGAUACUGACAAGGAUGGCCGGAUCAGCUACGAUGAAUUUGUGGUGAUAAUGAAAACUGGAGCAGAUUGGAGGAAGGCUUCAUGGCACCAUUCAAGAGGAAGUUUCAAUAGUAGUCUAAAGUGUCAGACUAAUGAUGGAUGGAUCCUUAAAUUUGAGUUUGAUGGACUCUUAUUUGAUUUGCUCCGCUAUGUAAUCACUUCUCCCUCCACCGCCAUGAUAGAGCAUGCGGCUUGGAUACUUCCGCGGCUUCGAGUGCCAUCGUCCAUGGAGGCGCCGCGGGUGGAGGACGUGAUCGCCUUCCUGACGGCACGCGGCUUCUCCGCCGCCGCCUCAGCCCUCCGCGACGACCUCCUCUCCCGCUGCGCCCCCGACGGCGCCACCGACCUUGACCUCGACGUCGGAUCCGGGCUGCCGCCUCUGAGGCUGUCGCCGCAGUCCCGUGGCAGCGGCGGCGCCGGAGAGGGCGCACCUCCCAGCGCCACCUCGAGCUCCUCCGACGCGUUCGUCAGCCUUGCUUCGUCCCCUUCCGAGCUUUUGAAUCCCUAUGGAGUCUGGUCACCCGCUCGGGCUAGAUCGGAUGACGAGUCAACUGAUCAGCAUUCAGAAUUUGGGACCGCCCGAGAAUACAACAACUACUGGUACGACGACCAGUAUGGAGGGUGUCACAAUGAUCCCUUCCUCGUGAUGAGUGACCCUGGCCGAUCGCAUAGCCAGGACAAGUUCAUCCUGUCUACAGAGGGUAAGGAGCAGUUCAAGAAGCGAGCUACUUUUGGUUUUGCAUCGAGUGAUCAUGAUGAUGAAGGUUGCGAGGGCUGUGUUGAGAUUUACAGUUGUCCAUUCCCUAUUUGUGAUUGCUGCCGUGGAUCAAAGAUGCAUGACAAUGGAGAGGUUGCCGACAUGAUCAGGAGCUCGAGCUCCGCUAUUUAUGGCCGCUAUCAGAUAUUGGAUGAUCAUACGGAGAUGUUAGAUGAAUGUGGGGGGGAUGAGUUCCAGUCAAUAAGGGUAAAUGAGCGGCCUGAAACUGUUCUGGAGCAUGAUUUCUUUCACAAUGGAAAUCCAGUAGAAGACAAGGAAUGCUCAGAAUCAGGUCUGCCGGACAAGGAAUUGCAGAUGUUUGACAAUAAUGCAGCUGAUGAUAGCAACCGCUUGAAAUAUGAUCCCACACACAAUAAAGAUCUCAGAGGAGAUUCAUGUAACAGAAAUCUAAUCUUCGUAAACAAGAUGGAUGAUGAAGAGUUACAAAAGGAAUCUUAUAGUAUGCCACCAUCUGAAGAGGAGGCUUCCAAACAAGAUGUUAAUUAUCCUUAUGGAUUUGGGGAUUAUGGGACAAUUGGUAGAGACUUGGAGGACUCUAGAGCUGUUGGCCUUGAAGGAGAAGAUGGUAUGGAUGAUGAGCUUCAACUUUAUAAUUCUUGUGAGGAUGAGAUGGAAGUAUUUGACUUGAGAAUAGUUCAUCGGAAAAACAGGACUGGUUUUGAAGAAAAUAAAGAUUUGUCAAUAGUUUUGAAUUCAGUUAUAGCAGGCAGAUAUUAUAUCAUGGAAUAUCUUGGUUCAGCUGCAUUUAGCGAUGUUGUCCAGGCACGUGAUCUUCAUACAGGCAUAGAUGUGUGCCUUAAAAUAAUAAAGAACGAUAAGGAUUUUUUUGACCAGAGUUUGGAUGAAAUUAAACUCCUCAAAUUUGUUAAUAAGCAUGAUCCUUCUGAUGAACGCCAUCUAUUACGCCUUUAUGACUACUUCUAUCAUCAGGAACAUCUUUUCAUUGUCACGGAGUUGCUACGAGCUAACCUGUAUGAAUUUCAGAAGUACAAUCAUGAAUCUGGUGGUCAAGUGUAUUAUACAUUGCCUAGAAUACAGGCUAUAGCUCGACAAUGUCUAGAGGCCUUGGAGUACCUGCACAAUUUGAGGAUAAUUCAUUGUGAUCUGAAGCCUGAGAAUAUUCUUAUCAAGAGUUAUAGCAGAUGUGAAAUCAAGGUUAUUGACCUCGGAAGCAGUUGCUUCGAGACAGACAACUUAUGCUUAUAUGUACAGUCUCGUUCUUAUAGGGCCCCUGAAGUUAUCCUAGGUCUCCCAUAUGAUCAGAAGAUUGAUAUCUGGUCUCUAGGCUGCAUCCUUGCUGAGCUUCAAACUGGUGAUGUGCUAUUUCCAAAUGACUCGGUCACCAUGAUACUUGCUCGCAUUAUUGGGAUACUUGGUCCGAUUGACGAGGAGAUGCUUGCACUGGGUCGCGAAACUAGUAAAUACUUCACUGAAAAUUGUGACCUUUAUCACAGAAACAAGGAAACUGACCAAGAAGAGUAUCUAAUACCAGAGAGGUCCUCAUUGUCACAUCAACUGCAAGAUUGUGAUGCCAAGUUUAUUGAUUUCCUUUCUUACUUACUCCAAAUAAACCCUAGGGGGAGACCAACAGCAAGAGAAGCACUAGAGCACGAAUGGAUUUCCUUCUCAUACAAGUGAAUCUAUUAAGGUUUCAUAGGCAAAUAACCUGUUGCUGUGUCUUCUACUUGGGCAUCCCAAUUUUACCACACCAGUAAACACACAUACAUGUGUACCGAACGUGUAAAUAUAUCAGGAACCAUGUCUUUGUGUAUAAUCAGUUUUCUUUCAGAAGUUGUGAUGCGGGUUCUUGUUGCUUAUACUCAAAUAGUGGUUGAGAAAGAAAUGUAAGAUGAGCAACACGAAGUUGAUAAUGAGUAGGAUAGAAAGGGAUUGAGGUAUCGUGAUGGUGAUAAUAUGUAAUAUGGAGACUAUUUUCAAUACCUCACAAGAAGUCAUAGUGACAUUUGGCUUCAAAUAAGAUAGUUGUUUCGAUGUCAAGAACGAGCCAUGUAAAUCUGACUGCAACUGUUCCACGUGUGGCUUGUUUUUGCUAUAAAUUGUUUCAUUCUAAGCUGCCUACUUCUCAUUA